AUGCCAGACGUGGAAUUAAAACCUUCGGAAAUAUAUUAUCUGCACGACUCAAUAGACUGUCGUUUUCAAGACGGGACGCAUAUAUUAGAUACAUUCAGGGAAUUACUGUAUAAGACAAUAAACCCAUCCCUGAUUCGAAAGAUUGCUGUGCAUAACACAAAUGGAAAAUGGCGAGCAUACGCCGGGAAUAGAAGACUAUACAUUUUUAGAAGGCUGGAACGUCUAGGAGUUGUUGACUAUAUAACAGCAUGGCAGGUAUGGAGAGUGGACCCAGACGCCUGGAGGAAAAGGGAGACUACUCAGAAUGGAGGAACAUCAGUGCAAAUACGUAACGACCCUCAGUUCAACGCAAAGAUCAAUCGCAUCAUAAAUGAAUGGAGGACUUCCACGAGACAGGUUGCUCCACGUGCACCAAUCCAGAACCUAGAUAGGAACAUAGAGAUGGACAAUGUCCCUACCAAUGUCCAUACAAUGGCAGCCACCGACAAAUGGACUAACACUAACGAGCACAUUGCAGAAAGUAGUGAUUACGACAUUCCCAGACACCAUUAUAAGACCAUCGUGAAGUGCAAUUGUUACGAAAAUACUUGUUCGUUAUGGCUUCGUCCACAAGCUGCCACACAGGAACCAAUCCAGAGGCCAGAUCACAUCACUUUACAGGUCAAUGCUCCUGACAACGCAUAUAAUACAAUAGAUGGAAACACCUACGUGCUGAUGCUUAUGUAA